GAGCUCUUGGAUCGUCGCUGCAGGUCUGGCUGGUGACAAUUCUGUAUAACAAUGGCUGGAGUCGAAGCGACACAACCUGCUCAGGUUGACAUUUCCAAAACUAGCAGCGUCCCAACUGAAGGAUAUGACAAGAAGUGUAUUUUCUGCAGGAUUGUAAACAAUGAAAUGGGGACAGAGCUUCUGCACUGUGACGAAGAGAUUUCAUGUUUCAGAGAUAUUAAACCUGGAGCUCCACACCAUUACCUGGUUGUUCCAACUAAGCAUGUUGGAAACUGCAAAUCACUCAGCAAAGAACAUGUGCCUUUAGUGAAGCGUUUGGUCGAUACAGGAAAGGAGAUUCUGCAAAAAAACAAUGUAACGGACCUCAGUGAUGUGAGGUUUGGUUUCCACUGGCCUCCAUUCUGUUCUGUCACACACCUACACCUUCAUGUCUUGGCUCCUGCCAGUCAAAUGGGCUUCAUGUCCCGCCUCUUCUACAGACUCGACUCCUAUUGGUUUAUCACAGCAGACCAGCUGAUUGAGCUUCUCAACUCUAAAGGUGAAAACAACUGAUAAUUUGGAUCCGGUUUUUGCACAACUUGACGUGAUGAGGUGGCUCCUCCUCUGUGCAGAUGUCAUGUUGGAUGGACACACAUUGCUCUGCUGUCUGUCGAGCCACAGCUUCUGACAGUAUUUUAAACCAGUGACAUACUUGCAACAAGAGACUACCUGAUUUUUAGUUUUAGUAUGUUUAGUGUGAAAACAUUUGGGACUUAAAGCCGAGUAAAAGCUUGAAUGAUGCCAAAUCUUUAGUAUAUUUUUUAUUCUUUUGCUGCUUGAAACGUGUCAAACAAAUGUUCUAAGAGCAUUCUAGUUUUGACUGUUUUUACUGACAAAGUGAAUUGAAUCUAAAGUAAUCUAAUAAAACAUAUUUAGUUUAUGGACCAAAGAGCAUGCAGUGUGAUUCACAUCUUUCUCAUUUUUAAUCUCAACAAAAUUGAAAGAUGGGUUGAGCAGAACAAUAGACUUACUAAGAGGACUUUUCAUCAUUUCACUGCCAGAAACACUCAUUUAGCUCUUGAGCUGUUUGAUUUCCUGUUACGCAUGUCUACUUUCAUGCUAUAAACAUCUGAUUUUAUGCAUGCAAAAACAGAAAUCUAUUUAGAACUCUGCAAGAAAAAUUAGUGAUAUAAUCCAUAUAUUGACAUAAUAUAUUAGCUGUGCGUACUUUGAUAAUCUAAGCUGUGUUGCUCUUGCAGCAUAGCUGACAUGGGUCAAAGGAUGGAGUAACAUCUUCAUUAAAUAUUAAUAAGGUUCCUUUUAGUAGAAAGCAUGGUGCACUUCAUGUUGUCAGCAAGCACUGAAAUACAAUGCUGUAUUUGUUAAUACAUGCUCAUCUAAUAUUUGGUUUGAUGUAAUGUGUAAAGGUCUAUUAAGAUAUGUAAUAUGGAGAAAUGCUACUGUUCUAUAUAAUCAGAAUGUAAAAACAAAACCACUGUGCUCUGGAUAAAAAAGGAUUGCACUUUAAGACUCACUUUAAUUUAGAAUAAAUAAUAUAUUAUUGCUUCUCAGGGUCUUUGUCAUACAUAGAAUUUAAUUUAUACACAUAUUUUCUCCCAGUUGAGCUCCACCUGUCAGUACUUACACAAUAACGGACAGAAAAUGGCUUCUUUUCUUUAUUAUAAUACCUUUAGAAUCACUUUCUGGUUGAAAAAAUCUACUGCUGCCUUAUGUUAAAUAGCAUUUUUUAGUUUGCAUGACCAUUACCUUUAAUAGUAGCUGAUAUCGUACGACAGUUCUCUACUGUGUAGUUCUCAUUCCAUUAAAGCAUUUUUAGUCUAUUGUGCAUCUGCCUCAGUGUGGUUCAGGUAUACCGAAUGUGAAACUGUAACUAAUUACCUAAUUACAAAGCAUACUUGUAAUAAAUACAUGCUCUGAAGCACC